AUGUGUUCCUUGUUUCAGACAGCAGAGGAGAUCGAUCAGCUGACUGUGGACGAAGACCUGAAUGACAUCGAGAGAGCUGUGUACCUGCUCAGUGUGGGUCAGGAGGUGCAGAGAGCAAGUGUCAUUAGCAACCUGCCAAGCCUUGUCCGUCAGAAUCCAGCUGAGACAUUUCGGCGGGUCGUACCAAAGGUUCGGGAGGUCUUGAACGGAGCCGGAGCAGAAAUCCAGCUGGCAGCAGCAGCAUCUUUCUUAACCAUCCUGCAGGACGACAUCAUCCUAAUCCACACCCACACGUUCUCCAUCCUGAAGACCGUUCUGCUGCACCUAAACCACAGAGACACAG